UAUUUUGGCAAAGCCGCCCAGUAUUAUUACAGGUUUUGUGGUUUACCAGGGAAACCAGGGCUACAACAAUAUUAAAUACUUGGAUGAAACGCGAUUAAAUUAAAGAAACUAAAACAGAAAUCGAACCGGCGUGCUGCUGCUGGUGCAGAUGCAAAUGGAAAAAUUCUCACACGACUUGACCUUGGCCCUGGAGGAGACCUCCCUUAUGUGCGGUGUGGGCCGAGGCAGAUGGAUUUCGCGUCGUCGGACUCGGUCGACUGGAAAUCUGCCUUGUGCACCCCAGCCAACGGAGGACUCAUCGAGCAGUCCCAGUCCCACAGACACAUUAAACGUCCACGGUGAUGGGGCUGCAGGUGCAGGUGCCGCUGCAGCUGCAGCUGCUCCUGGUGGCGGUGCCAAUAUCGAUGGCCUGGACACACACAACCUGAAAAUGCCGGCAAGCGAUUCGGAUGACAAGGCAGAAGGCAACGUAAUGCCAUUGCCACCGAGACUGCCUUUGCCUGGGAAACAAUCUAUCCAACAAUGCUUGGGUGCCCUCGAAUCCGAUUCCCUUAAUGAGACGAAUUUCAGUCCAACACGAUUCUACAAGCCAAACUCGCGGCGAAAACGAAAGAUUAAACGCAUGUCUAUGGAAUUCGAAUUGGCGGCCUCACCGCACAGUUUUACAGAGUCGCCACUGCAGCCGGGUAUGCUUGGUAAUCCGGCUACCGGCCUGGUUACUGGCUCCUCCUCCACCACCACCACGACGGGCACAAUACGCAAACGUUUAAUGAAAACGGACGCAGGGAGUCAUCGUUCAAAUUUAUUUUUCUGUGGCAAACGCAAACGUUCCAAUCGCGAUCGCUAUCAUGAUCAUGAUCCGGGGUUUGGUACUGGAAUUGGACUUGGCCUCGGUUUCGGUAAACAGCAUUCGCACUCCUCGAAUAUGCAGCGUUACACGCAUAUGGAGGAGUUCCAGCGGAUGCGUCCGCGCAGCUACUCAUCCACCUCGAAACCGCAUAGCGAUCGUCUAAUGCCCCUCAAUAAGGGAUUACUCUCCAAGAUCAAUCGCAUGGCGCAAGCGCAAGAACAACAACAAACAGAAAAGACUGAUAACGAGGCAAUGAUAAUCACAGCCGGGGACAAUGGUCAAAACGAUCAAAAGAUGACCAAAACGAAACCGGCUAAGGAGAAUAUAACAACGCCGCCAUCGCCACCUCCACCACCGCCUCCAGAAAGCCGGCAGACAGAGGCUGCCUUUGGCAUGGAAACCAUGAAACCUGUAACCGAUAUUGAUGCCUUAUUAAUGAGUACGCCCUCAAAGACGCCCGCAACGAAUCAUGGGAGAAUCAAGAAAAUGGGCCAGAGCAGCAGUGCCUCCAAAGUUUUAAGCCGUCGACGCUUUUGCCAUACACCACAGCCGCAUUCUCAGUCCAUGGACUGUAGCGAACUCUACGACUUUCUCAGUUCCAGUUCGCUAAGCUCGUCCUCGGACAGCGACGAAGGCGGAGGAGUCAGUGGCGGCGGUGUGGGUGGCCAUAGACGGCAUGACACGGAUCGCGAAGGUGACGACGAACUCACCGAUUGGCCAGGCAAUGAGUUUGGUCAUGGCGGUAAAUACGAUCCCAAGCGCAAGCUUACCAAGAAGUCAUUACUGCCCCAGAUACGCUCAGAUGACACUAUUGGCGAGGACGAUACACUAAUGUCCGGAACGGAGGGUGCUGAUGCCGCGUCGCCGGCUGCCCCUCAACAACUACCAGAUGCCUUAAAGAAUUUGUCCGGUUUUCAAAUGAAACCGGCGCCGCCAAGCUCCGAUCCUAUCGAGAUUCAAGGAGCCGGCAAUCGGAAUAGUCUUUUAACUGGCAGCGAUGCCAAUCUAUACACGGACAUGGAUACCCACAUUGAUGGUGUACCGGCGGCUAAGCAAAUCGAGAGCGAAAUGUCCGGUGAGACAUCCAAUCCAUUCCUUUCCUCUUCACCGCCCGUCCAGGUACAAGAGGUGCGCGAAAUUCGUGCCGGCUGUCGUCGCAUCAAUGGAGAUCGUCCCGGCUUUAGCAUUAAAUUGAGUGUAAACGAGCGUCUCGCCCGCUUUCUACAAGAUCCGCGCCAGACUCAAAUCCGCCUUCCAGAUCUGGAGAUUAGCGAGCACGACAGCCUCUAUAAUUUGGCAACGCUCUACUCCCUGGCCAUGAUAGUAGAGCACGGCUGCACCGUCCUGACGAAAACAAGAAAUACAACUCAACCAGUUAACAUGGAACACAAUCAGCCAACACAAGGACUGCAGCAGCAUCAGGAUCUAUUCAGUGAUUUCAAACGACGCUGCUAUGGUGGUGAUGCCGAUGCCGAUGCCGAUGCCGAUGCCGAUGCCGUUGCCGAUCCUGAUUGCGAUGGCAUUGCUGAUACAAAUGUCACAAAAAAGGAAUUCAAUCCAAUAAGUGAACCAUUUUCGACGGGGAAAUAGAAAUUCAACGCUGAGACACAAUCUUUGUUGUCAAAAUACAGAGUCAAACUCUGUCUAUAGCAAUAGGCUCUGGGAAUACAAUUGAUAUAUUUUAUGAUGUACUAAGUUUUUAGAAUGUUUUUUUGUAAAAUGGAUAAUGUCAAAUGACGUCAAAUCUGGGCAAGAGUUUUGUAAAGAAAUUUCGGAAAAAAUGAGAGUCCAUUGAAAGCAGUGAGCCCUGCUGCACGGUACUCAGAAAUAUUCAUAAAGAAAAAUAAUUGUCCACUCAAAUACACAUCCACAUAGACCAGCUGCUGCGCUCCCAAUUUAGAAAAGUUCGAGCGCUUUUCAACUGAUUUACCGUGCCCACAGCCAAAGUGCGCUCGCAAAAAAAUUUGCCUCUUAUUUCUUUUGCUGAUUUGUAGGUUCCAGACUAGUAUUCUUUUCAAUGAUUGAGAGAAUUAUGACUUCUCUUAGAGACGUCAUUAAUGUUAAAUUAAAAAAUUGAAAAGUUGUUAUUAAA